AUGGCGGGACACCUGGCUUCCGACUUUGCCUUCUCGCCCCCGCCGGGCGGUGGAGGGGACGGGCCGGGAGGGCCGGAGCCCGGCUGGGUCGACCCCCGGACCUGGCUGAGCUUCCCAGGCCCGCCCGGCGGGUCGGGGAUCGGGCCGGGGGUCGGGCCUGGCGCUGAGGUGUGGGGCAUCCCCCCGUGCCCCCCUCCGUACGAGUUCUGCGGGGGGAUGGCGUACUGUGGCUCGCAGGUGGGAAUGGGGCUGGUGCCCCAGGCUGGCCUGGACACCCCUCAGCCCGAGGGCGAGCCCGGCGCGGGGGCGGAGAGCAACUCCGAAGGGGCCUCCCCGGAGCCCUGCGUUGUUCCCCAAGUGGCCGUGAAGCUGGAGAAGGAGAAGCUAGAGCAGAAUCCCGAGGAGUCUCAGGACAUCAAAGUGCUACAGAAGGAACUUGAGCAGUUUGCUAAGCUUCUGAAGCAGAAGAGGAUCACCUUGGGAUAUACCCAGGCCGAUGUGGGGCUCACUCUGGGGGUUCUCUUUGGGAAGGUGUUCAGCCAAACGACCAUCUGCCGUUUCGAGGCACUGCAGCUCAGCUUCAAGAACAUGUGUAAGCUGCGGCCCUUGCUGCAAAAGUGGGUGGAGGAAGCGGACAACAAUGAAAAUCUACAGGAGAUAUGCAAAGCAGAGACCCUUGUGCAGGCCCGCAAGAGAAAGCGAACUAGCAUCGAGAACCGAGUGAGGGGCAACUUGGAGAGUAUGUUCCUGCAGUGCCCCAAGCCCACGCUGCAGCAGAUCAGCCACAUCGCCCAGCAGCUCGGGCUCGAGAAGGACGUGGUCCGAGUGUGGUUCUGCAACCGCCGCCAGAAGGGCAAGCGAUCCAGCAGUGACUACGCCCAGCGGGAGGAUUAUGAGGCUGCUGGGUCUCCUUUCACGGGGGCCCCCGUAUCCUUUCCUCUGGCACCAGGGCCCCACUUUGGUACCGCAGGCUACGGGGGCUCUCCCUUCACUACACUCUAUUCCUCGGUCCCUUUCCCCGAGGGUGAGGCCUUUGCCCCGAUGGCUGUCACUGCUCUGGGCUCUCCCAUGCAUUCAAACUGA